UCUCUCAAAGGGAAUACACCAUAUAUAUAUACAAGACUCGAGAUCACUCGAAGAUAGUGCAGUUGUUGCAGCAUUCGCUGAUAAAGGCUAACUCGAACAGCACAAAUGAGUAGUGAAACAUCGCCCGUGCCAUCUCCCCGCGGGAUAACUAGAGCUCUUCUAUGGCUUGCUGUGGCAACGGUGGCAUGCCUGCCCGCCGUUGCAUCUUCCUGCCGUAGAAGUUGCGGCGACGUAGCGAUCCCUUAUCCGUUCGGGAUGAAAGACGAUCAGCCAGGCUGCGCCAUUCCUGGCUUUGAGGUGAGCUGCAAACGGGACGGCCUGCUGCUCAAGCCGUUUCUCUCGGAUGACGUGGAGGUGCGCGGCAUCUUGCUAGCAGAAUCUCAGGUUCGGAUAAAGAUGGAUAUAUCCUGGUCGUGCUAUAACACGAUUAACAGAACAAUGGACUCCAUAAAUUGGUUUCUGUCCUUCAGGGAUACACCAUACAGAUUAUCUGAUACUGGCAACAAGUUCACGGUCAUCGGAUGCCGAACACUUGCUUACAUCACCAUCACAAAGCCGCAACAGCUGGAAAGCAGUAGUUUAACCACCGGAUGCGUGGCCACAUGUAAUAGCCAGGGCGACCUUGCAAGUCUCUCCGAUGGAACCUGCUCUGGGAUAGGCUGCUGUCAGACCACCAUCCCAAAGGGGCUUCAGAACUAUGGGAUCUGGUUCGAUGACCGCUUUAACACAGCGAAGAUCUAUAACAUGAGCCGUUGCAGCUACGCAGCACUCGUGGAAGCAUCAAACUUCACCUUUUCCACGAGCUAUGCGAUGUCAUCAGCGUUCAAUGACACAUACGCCGGGCAGGCGCCGUUGCUUCUGGAUUGGGCCAUUGGGAACCAAACGUGCGAGGCAGCGCGGCGGAAUCCCAAUCCCGAUCCCAAAUACGCGUGCAUCAGUAACAACAGUGACUGUUUCAACUCGUCUAAUGGACCAGGCUAUAUCUGCAAAUGCAAGGAAGGAUUUCAUGGAAAUCCUUACCUGGAUGAUCCAGAGCUUGGAUGCAAAGAUAUCAACGAGUGCACUGAUUGGUCGAAGUACCCGUGUGCUGUGCCUGGAACUUGCGUUAACACUCCCGGUGCAUUCAAGUGCGUGUGCCCUCCGGGUUAUCCGAAAGGCAACGCCCAAAAUGGGACAUGCGAGAGAGAUCAACUACCACUCAGUUCUGGGGCAAAAAUCGCUAUUGGAAUCUCUGCUUUUGUUUUCCUUGCCCUAGCUAGCUUCCUCAUAAGAGAAGUGAUCCAGCAUAAAAGAAGUAUCAGAAGGCAAAAUUUACAAAGACAAACUGAUGAGUAUUUUCAGCAGCAUGGAGGCCAGCUCCUGUUAGAAAUGAUGAAAGUAGAGGGCAAUGUCGGGUUCACUCUCUUCGACAGAGUGCAAAUUGAGACUGCCACGGGUAAUUUCAGCAAGACACACAUCAUAGGGGAAGGAGGACAGGGAACAGUUUACAAGGCAGAUUUAGACGGAGUUGCUGUUGCGAUAAAACAAUGCAAGGAAAUUGACGAGAGCAUGAAGAGGGACUUUGUCCAGGAGUUGGUUAUACUUUGUCGUGUCAACCAUCCCAACAUAGUAAAGUUGCUUGGCUGUUGCCUGCAGUUCAAGGGGCCCAUGAUCGUAUAUGAGUUUGUGCAAAACAAAACAUUGCAAGAGCUGCUUGACCUCCAGAGAAGCAGGAGGUUCCAUGUCACACUAGGAACUCGGUUGAGGAUUGCCGCGGAAUCCGCUGAAGCACUUGCGCAUCUCCAUUGCCUACCGCAUCCUAUACUACAUGGCGAUGUGAAGCCAGCUAAUAUCCUACUUGCCGAGGGAUUGAUCGCAAAGGUGUCUGACUUUGGGUGCUCAACAAUUGAUGAGGAAAAUCAGGCUGUGCCCAAAGGCACUCCGGGGUAUAUUGAUCCGGACUAUCUACUCGAGUACCAGCUCACAUCCAAGAAUGACGUAUAUAGCUUUGGAGUUAUCCUUCUUGAGCUUCUAACAGGUAAGAAGCCACUAUCAAAAGAAAGGAGGAGCUUGACAUCAAUGUUUCAGGAGGCUAUAGCACAUGAUACACUCCGUGAGCUCCUUGACAUUGACAUAGUUGAUGAAGCUAGCAUGAGGGUGAUCUAUCGUGCAGCGAUGCUAGCGAGUCAAUGCUUAGUUGUUCCAGGUACAACAAGACCAGCAAUGACGGUCGUGGCGGAGGAGCUUCGGCGGCUUGCCCUAGCAGAUGAAGUGCAGCGAUGCCCACAGUCGCCAUUAGUUCUUGAGGAUCUGAGCUUUACGGAUACAGGAGGAAGCACAGUGUCCAUUUGGUACAAUGGGAGCCAGACCAGCGGGGUUUACAACCUCGAGAAAAAGGCCGUUCUGAGUACAGGAUUCGCCAGAUGAUCGAUAGAUCAUAUGCUAUAUUGUUGGCUUCCUUGUGUCAUUUGUAGGUUUAUGAUAUAUUUAGUGUUCUUCCACACUUUAGAGGCAUUCAUUGUGAGGAAUAAGAGUACACUAACAUGUAAAAUAAUGUAGCAUUAAGUGUACCGCAAAAUUAAUGACUGAAAUUUAAUUAUCUAGUUUAACUUCA